AUGGCCUCGCACACGAAGAAGGACGAUUUCUGCCUGGAGUGCCACUGGGAGGCAUUCCAUCUGGAUGCAAAAGACCCGGAGGAGCCUACCGGGGCGGAGGCUCCAGGGCCUCAGUGGAAUUGUUCCGAGGAAGAGCACCAAGCGCUCCCCCACUGUGAGGUCGGGGAGGACUGCCCCGUCGACGAGGAUUGCUGUGACAUGGACAAUUGCUCCGUCACCUGCCCGUCGGUCUGCGACGGGUUCGUCGACUGCGACGAGGCCGCCGUGUGCUCUGUAUCACAUUGCGACGACGCUCACUGCAAUGAUACCCAUUGCGACAGCACGGACCCGGUGUGCUUCGACGAGCACUGCUUCGGCAGUGGCACCCACGCCGACGGCGAGCACAGCCUCGAGGCGUUAUUAGCUUUGGGCUCGCCGCUGGACCUCGAGUCAAGCGACCUCCUGUCGCCGACCGCGCUGCCCCCGGUGCCGGGCGAGCAGCCCAAGAGCGUCGGGCUCCCUGGGGUUCCCGGGCUCGUGGGUUCCACAGAUGCCUUCUUCGCUCCCUUCGCGCCUGUCCCGGUGUCACACUGUCACGCUCACAGCCACCAGCAUUUCCAGUGCCACGAUCUCUCCAAGGAUGCGCACCACGCCUGGUAUCCGAUGCCCACCUCGGUCAACCCGGCGGAUGUCUUCCACAUGAUGGGGGUGUGUCCGGACCUGACGGCCUGCCAUCACCAGUAUCAUGUGCAGCAGGUGCCGGACUGCAGUGAGCAUCCCAAGCCCGGGGACGAUUCGACCUCGAAUUCAUUCACCUGCUUCCACAUCAACCCGAACCCGAACCAUUCCCACGGCCACAAACCGCCUAUUCCCAAUCCCACGACGCACCGCAAACCGUGCCGGACGCACGUUCACCGGUGCCGGACGCACAGCCACGCGCACCACCAUUACUCCCCCUACUCCCCGUACUCCCGCCAGUCGCGGUCCAGCGUGAGCUCGCAGCUGAGUCCGGGGGACACGCCGCCUCCGCUGGACGGAGGCUCGUCGUCCGUGCUGACCAGCCCGGAGUACAUCCCGGAGGAGGCCCACGUGUGUCGAUGGACCACGACGGUGGACGGGGUCAAGAAGCCGUGCGGCGCCACCUUCUCGGACUCGUGCGGUCUGCAGGAGCAUCUCGUCGGCAGCCACAUGGCCACCGUGGAGGGGGCCAAGGGGACGGGGUAUUACUGUUGCUGGGAGGGGUGCCAUCGGCCGGACGAGCCGUUUUCGCAGAAGUCGAAGCUGCAGGGGCACUUUCUGACGCACAGCAACUACAAAAACUUCAAGUGUUCGGUCUGCGGCAAGUUCUUUGCGCGGCAGGCGACGUUGGAACGGCACGAGCGCAGCCACCGCGGAGAGAAGCCGUACAAAUGCGCCGAGUGCGGCAAGUCGUUUACCGACAGCAGCGAACUGAAAACGCAUUCGCGGACUCAUACGGGCGAGAAGCCGUUCAAGUGCACGUAUCCGGGGUGUAACUUCCAGACGGGCGAUUCGUCCAACAUGUCCAGUCACCGCCUGACACACGGGGAACGACGACAUAAAUGCCAUUACCCGGGGUGUACGAAGAGCUUCACUCGACAUGAUCAAUUGAAACGACACCUCAAAAGCACCCACAAAGACAGCAGCAGCAGCAGCAGCAUGACGAUGCCCUCGCCCUCGCCAUUGACCGAUCAAUUCGGCCUGACGCUGGCCGAGGUGGCGUGA